GGUGCACUGUGUCCCUCGGAUACAACGGAUCACCAAUCCACGGAAAGAGCCGAAGAUGUCGGCUCAGUCAUGUGAUCAGCUGUGUCCAAUCACAGCUGAUCACAUCUGUCACACUGACAGCUCGAGAGGAGAGCCGGUAAUCAGCAUUCCGCGGAGGGAACAUGUACACUGAUCAUCAGGGCAUUGAUGAUCAGUGUGCCCUGAUGAUCAGUGUGGCCCCAGAAGUGCCACCUGUCAGUGUCCAUCAGUGCCAGCUGUCAGUGCUGAACAGUGCCACGCGCCAGUGCCCAUCAGUGCCACAUAUCAGUGCCCAUCUGAGCUGCCUUUCAGUGUCACCCAUCAAUGCCAAUCAGUGCCACCUAUCAGUGCCAGUCAGUGCCGCCUAUCAGUGUGCAUCAGUGCCACCUAACAGUGCCAUAUAUCAGUGCUGCCUUUCAGUGCCCAUCAGUGAUGCCUGUCAAUGCCCAUCAGUGCCACCUAUCAGUGUCCAUCAG